AUGUAUUUUCCAAUCGGUUCGUUUCGAAGUUUUUCAUUACCCAUAGAAGAACCCUACGAGAUUAUUUUUCUCCGAACUACGCGUGAUCGUCUUAAACUUGUUCUACUCACACCUACUAUUAUCAGCGUUUGGUUGACAAAGCCAACGACGUUAGUUGGUCUUGUUCGACGCUCAGAAAAUUCCAUUGCAGUUCACGGGCAAAACGUUUCUGCUGAAUGGCGAAAUGAUACUCAAAAACUAGCUGUUGCAACAAACAAAGGUUAUUUGAUAUAUUACAAAGUUAUCAUCGAUAGACCAAAGUCAUCUUUCUUCGGAUCAAAUAACGAUGAAGAUCCUUGUGAGUUUCUCAUUCGGAUCAAUACGGAAGCACAAUUCACAUUUCCUAUGGUACGAAUCAAGCUGAUUCAAGAUAGUGCUUUACAUAUUGGUUCUCACAUUCAAGGAAUUACCAAUCUUGGACCUGAUCUGUUGGUUGCUGAUAAUACAGGAUACUUAUAUCGUAUAUCGUGGGAUGGAUCUAUUCAUCAACAUUUAACGAUAUCGUUAAGUGCGAUAUCAUACACGGUUUCAUUGAAUUCUGAUCGAGUCUAUAAAACGAACCAAGUUGAUCGUUAUGCAAAAUAUAUUGAAUUCUCUCCGUUAUUGAAUGGUAUCGGAAUUGUAUUUAGCGAUGGAACAUCGGGUUUGAUCAUUUGUGAAACAGCGAAAUUCGAACCGCUGCAAUGUCAAUGUAUCGUCGUCCAAUUAGGAGCCGACGAGAAGAUCUGGAGAACUCAUUGUUGUGUGGCAUUAAAUGCUAUCUAUCAAUUGUUAGCAUUUGGGUCGACAAGUGGACAAGGCGCUGUCUAUUACAUUGAUGAAUUGACAGCAUCGUUACAAUUAGCAUUUAAGAUACAGUUAUCUGUAGAGAACUUUCCCGAUUUAAUCGAAACUGUCGGUGCAUUGUGUUCGAUGAAAUGGAGUCCUGAUUAUCGUGUUCUUUGUACUCUGUGGGAGAAUGGUGCAUUUGCUAUAUGGACUGUAUUUGGUAUUCUUCUCCAUUGUUCAUAUUCAUCAGAACAAUCACUAAAUCCGAUGCAUUCAUAUGGUUUGUGUCGAGUCAUUGAAUGGGGUCCUGAUGGGUAUACUCUAUGGGUAGCAUCCGAAAAGUUCACUUCUAGCUCACCCACUGACUCGCAUAUGAAGGCAAUAAGAGAGAAUAGCAAUCAAUUGAUACUGUUAAGUUUUUUAAAAUCAGCUGUGAUCAAUAAUCCUCAUUCGGGAAGCAUUGAACAUUUAUUAUUGCAAUCAGAAGACAAAGUUUAUCUGUACUUAAGUGGAAAUCAACAAUCCGGAAAUAGUAACGGCUUGUCAAUAUCGGUUGGUUCGGAUGUUGGUUGGCAAGUGAUUCAAUUACCACAGUUAUAUAUUCAUAACAAUUGGCCGAUUAAAUUCGCUUGUAUUGAUAAUACGGGCCAAUAUUUGGCUGUCGCUGGUCAACAUGGCUUUGUGCAUUUUUCAUUAUUCACUCGAAAAUGGAAGUUAUUCGGCAAUGCUGGCCAAGAACGUGAUAUACGUAUUGUUGGUGGUUUAUUAUGGUGGAAAGAAUUUAUCGUCUGUGGGUGUACCUCAACGAGUGAAAACCGUGACGAACACGUUCCGAGAUAUGAAAUACGUCUCUACUCACGAUUGACAAAUUUGGAUAAUCAAUUUUCGUACGUCACUCGUCUACAGUCACCAAUCAUAUGUUUAAAUAUCUACGAUGACACAUUGAUCGUCUUCUCGUAUGAUCUACAUAUUAUGAUAUAUGGAUUGGAGCAAAAGGAAGGUAAACCAGUUCCUACUGCGUCAAUGGUUAAAUUACAUGAGAUAUCUGUCGAAUCCUAUGUUCCACAUGCUGUUUUCGUUCCAUUUAUUGGUUUGACAUCUCUUCGAACUGAUUCAGGCUUACCACAAUCCAAUACUUCUACAUCCAAUGAUAAUGCACCCCAGAGUAUCCUUCUCAAUGUGUGCGGUCGUCUUCUUCUUUUGCAACAGGAGCGAGGCGGUUCAUCGUUAGUACUACAGAAAACAUCGAAAAAGAAUUCGUCACAAACGGUGACAUUUUUACCGCCUGUAAUGAUUGCGGCAUGGGUCGAAUGUAUCUGGACGAUUUCACAUCAAAAUUCAACUAAUCCGUAUCUGUCGAAUGCAUUAUGGCUGUGCUGUGGAUUACACGGAAUGAAAGUUUGGCUUCCUUUGUAUCGAAAAGUCGAUGAACCAAUAUUUCAAUCGCAUCGAAUCAUGUUGACAUUUGGUUUGACUAUAUAUCCAUUAGCUGUGGUGGUAGAAGAAGCAGUUAUUCUUGGUGCUAUGUCGGAAUUAGAAAAUUACAAUUCGAAUACGUUUUGCUCAAUUACAAAAACCACUCAAGUCUUUCUCAAUCAUGUCUUUCAAGAAUUGAUUCGUAAAAAUCUUGAUUUCGAUGCAUUGCAAAUUGCUCAAACAUGCAAACGUAUUCCCCAUUUUUCUCAUGUACUUGAACUACUCUUACACAAAGUCCUAGAAGAAGAAGCAACUAGUACCCAGCCCAUUCCAGAUCCACUUUUACCACGUGUGACUAAUUUCAUCCAGCUGUUGCCUCAAUUUUUACGUAUUAUUUCGCAUUGUGCAAGGAAAACUGAAGUCGCACUUUGGCCAUGUUUAUUCUCAACGUCAAUUAUCGGUGAUCCAAAGAAACUCUUUCAACAAUGUUUGACAGACAAUGAUUUAGAGACAGCAGCUUCAUAUCUCAUCAUAUUACAAAAUUUAGAGAAAAGUGAAAUCAGUCAACAGUUUGCACAAGUGUUGCUUGAGCAUUCGUUAGAAAACGACAAAUGGGAAUUAGCUACAGAUAUUCUUCGAUUCAUUCGUUCUAUAGAUCCACAAGAUCUAAAUAAUGAUGAAUAUAUUCGUACAUUGAACAGCCGAUUUGCUCCAUCAACAACCACAACAAAACGCGCUUCCAAUCCACUCAAUCAUAAAUCUCCUCUGUCACCACAUCGAGAGACAUUAAAAUUCACCUACGUCACCAACAUACGACAGAGAACGGCGAGUGUUGCCAGCGGUUCUGUAAAUUCAUCAGCAGUAACAACCGUUUCCGAACCACCGCCACCACUAGUACCAUCAUCAUUGACACCGAUCAAAGCGAAAGCAUCAUGGUCAGCAGCAUCAGCGGCAGUCGGUCCCACUCAACCGAACACAACUACUUCAAAUAAUCCAUCUGAUUCAUCGAAUACAUCAACCCAUGAUACACGAGGUAGAAAAGCAAGUUCAUCAGAUAGCAAAUCACCGAGAAAAGACAAUGAAUCGCAACAUCAACAACAACUACACCAGCAACCUUCACUCGAAUCUACAGAUAACUCCAUGCCACAGGUGCCAAUCACGUCAUCAGUACAUUUUAUUCAACGUACUUUAAAUCAACAUGCUUUGCAAAAUAUUGCCAGAGGUCGUCUAAGGCACAUAGGCUAUAUGGCAGCUAACAUAACAGAUUUCGAUCUACUUAAUUGGCUUAGAACACACAAACAUGAAUCGGCAUUGAUCAUUUCCAAUUAUCCUGCAACACUGAAAGCACUACAUAAAGAAUUCGACUGGCCAUUCCCGGUUGUCUCUUCACCCAAUGUUUAUUUCAAUCCGUUAUACCGAGAUAAAGAUUCGACAACAUCGAGCACGGAUAACAACGGUCAUCAUUCGGAUUCGGGCCUUGGACCCAAUGAUCGUAAUGGCGAACAUGAUGAGAAAUAUUAUACACAAGUAUCACGAGCUACGUCGAAAGAUGAAAUGAACGUUAAUCUAACGCCGAAAAGGCAGAAAGAUUUUUUGGAUACACUAAGUUUAACAUCUGAAGCGAGCUCAAUGCCUGUUGAUAAUGAAUUCGAUGAUCUUGUUCAUAAUCGUGACAUCGAAAGUCUUACUCAAGAACUAGCUAAUCGUGGACCACCAUUGUGUGAAAAACAACUUAAAUAUCUUUAUGAAAUAUUUCUAACGGCCGACUGUUACGAUUGGGCAUUUCUCUUUUCUUUGAUUCUAAAAAGCCAGGCGAUGAUAUCACAAGUGCUCAACGCUAUUCGAAUACAAGACUUGUCAACUCAAAUGUUCGGUUUACAACGUGGUUUGACAGAGUUGGAAACAUGGGCAGAUAUUGAAUGUCCUGGCUAUAGAGCUUUGCUAUCAUUCGUACGUAACCAAGCUCAAACACUAAUGAAUCAACGUCGAACAGUUUUUCUUCCGUCGACAGCCAAGAAAAAGGCAUCGGUAGACUCAAGCGAUGACGUAUUUUUAACAAAACAUCCAACUACAGAUAACAGCCAACAUCAGGCAUUACGUAAGAAGAGUUCUUCACGUAAUCGUACAAUUUCAGCUGCGGAUCUUGACCCACCCGCAUCCACGUUUGAAACAUUGACCAUCAAUACCCAAAUUCCAGAUAAUGGAAAGGGUCGUGAGAUGUCACCGAGCUCACGCGCACGUCGUUUCAGUGGUGAUAUCGUUCUUCCUUCAUCAUCGUCAACAUCGGAACCGAUUGAACCAUCGCUUUUCUCGCCCGGUUCAGUUCGCGCACGAACAGCCAGUUCUCUUCAAGACAAGAAGGAUCCGCCAUCAUCAUCGUUCAAAUAUCAAAAUUCUCUUCCGUCAGCUGCCGACGAGUCUUCGCCCCCACCAUCACCAUCAAAACGCUUGGAUAUUCGUUUGAGUUCUGGUAAAACCCUUCAGACAAGUGAUUUCAUUCAUUCGGACCAACAACAGAAUCCAGCAUCGAACGACACGGCGCGGAAUAAACUCCUACAAACUGUCUACAUCAAAAAUGCAAAUUCUAAUCCUACCUCUCUCUCAGAAUCGCUAACCAAUGGUACCAAUUCUCAUACUCAUCCAACUGACUCCUCUUCUAAUUGUGUUGUCUCUUAA